GAACUGAGACCCACAAAUUAUUGGCACUAAUAUUGAAUUGGCACAUAAUUUACGAGUACAUAUUUAGAGCAGUAAUAUAAAUAAAAAAAUAAACAAUCGCGGUGCCUCUUACGAUAAAAGUGUAACAAUCAUGUUAAUAAUUUCGUAAGACUGUAAUAUAACCCAGUCAAUUGAUGAUGCGGUACAAGUUCAAUUAAAUGUUAAUAAUAAACAUUAAUUCAGUCUUCAUAGCAGUUUGUUUAGUUUUAGUGUUGAGUCAUCUAUUGAAAACGUAAUCAGGUAAACCAGAAAAUAAAUAUAUUUAAAUACUUUAGCUGCACACGCGCCUUUAUUACAUAGUACAAGUAUUUUUGUUUAUUCUUGAAAAAAUAACAAGAUUCGUCAAUUAAUUCGAUUCGAUUAAGUAAAUAAAAUACGCGUAUUUUUAUGACUUUCUAUUGUUUAAAUAUGAAUAACUAUACUACAUUAACAAUUUAACUAUAAUUAAAAACAUUAAUUAAUUUAUACUUUGCACACGACACAUAUAAAUAUAACUACGGAACCGCCUACCAAUCAAAAACCAGCGCUUGACUCCAACAUUUUUAUUAUAAAACGCGUCCGUGACAGUGAACGAGGCAGUAAUUGCCAAGAAUUUGGCAUGACGGGAAUAGAAUAUUAGACAUUUUGCAAUAUAGUGUAACAGUAGUGUCAAUGUGAACAAUGACGGUCAAAGGGAGUAAGGUACCAUUCGAAGAGGCGCUGAAUAUGACAGGGUUCAGUCGCUACAACAUCUGCACGUUCCUGCUAUGUGCCAGCAUCAUCGUCGGCAUGACCUUCGAAAUCUUCUCCGUGUCAUACCUGGUGCCGGCCAGCUCCUGUGAGCUUGGCACCACCAGCACGCAGCAAGGACUGGUCGCUUGCGUGCCUUUGAUUGGUACGAUAGCAAUGUCCCACGUCUGGGGCUACCUGGCAGACACGAGAGGCAGACGUAAGAUCCUCAUCGUUACCAUGACAAUGACGUAUAUCGCUGGUACCCUGGCCGCCUUCUCACCUAACUGGAUAGUGUUGGGCUUCCUGAAGUUACUGUCUUCAGCAGCUGUAUCUGGCAGUUAUGCAUUAUCAGUGACGCUGCUGAGUGAAUGUACUCCGAUGACGAAGAGAAGUUCCCUAGUAUUACUGACCACCAGUGUACACAUGGCAGCUAUGGGAGUUAUGGCAGUUAUAGUGAUACCAGUCCUGCCACUGAAGUUCUCCUACUACAUCCCAUACCUGGACAUCCAGUUCAACUCUUGGCGUGUCCUCGACCUGAUCUUCGCUGUGCCUUGUGCCAUUAGUAGCAUCGGCUGUUAUUGUGCUUUUGAAAGUCCCAAGUACCUCCUCAGUGUUGGGCAGGAUGAAGAGGCUCUUAAAGUAUUGAAGGGGAUUUAUACCAUGAAUACUGGGGAUAGUCCUGAUAAUUACCAGGUCCAGUCACUAGAAUUAGAAGAAGGCCAUAACUUAGCAUUACACAAAGGCUUCUGGGGUUCCAUAGUAGCACAAACAGUACCUAUGUUCAAGGCACCACUGUUGAAGUAUACUCUUCUGAUAUCUUUCCUUUUUGUCAUCUGCUAUAUCACAAUGAAUGCUACAUUCGUAUGGUUGCCGUUCAUCAUCAACGCCUUCAUGUUAUCAGUAGUCGGAGGACAGAGAAGCCUCAGCAUCUGCGAGAUGAUAAGGUUCACUAGCAAUUCCACUUCCAUUCCAGAGAUUCAAGACUGUACAAUGAACACAGAAGCCAUGACUCUAGUUUGUGCUAUCACCAUGAUCCUGGCGUUCUGUAACAUCUUCAUGAGUAGUAUUAUCAAUUGCAUCGGGAGAAAACGCCUCUUUAUUAGUAUUCAGAUGUUUGCUGGGUUAUCAGCCCUGGUGCUGAGCAGCAGUCCCUACUGGGUCCUCAGCGCGAUCCUGUUCGUGUGCUUCUUGUCAGCAGUGUUGAACUUUGGCUUCCUCAACACUUACAGUGUCGAUAUCUUCCCUACUUAUGUCAAAGCGAUGGCAGUAUGUCUAACUCUGAUGGUGGGUCGUGCCAGUGCCGUGGCAGGCAUUAACGUGCUGAAGAAACUCCUGGACACCAACUGUGAAGCUGCUUUCUAUAUAUUUGGCUCUAUUGCUUUUUGUGGUGGUUUAGUCGGAUUUUUCCUGCCCACUGAUCUGCAAAUUCAGGAACAGAAGAAAACAUCGAAAAAGCACUAUCACACAAAAGAGCCUCCCUGCGCCUCUUGCCCUCGUCUGGGUAGAUGCGUGCCCAAAGUGCAGUGUCCAGCUCACGUGCGCUCCAGGUCUUACAACCCGGCCUGUCAUCUAGAAGGGUCUGUCGGUAUAUGCUGCUUCACUUUCAGAGAACAUGCAGCUGAGUCAGACCACAGCGCCCGUGCCUCCACGGCCAUCAGCGCAGACGACGUGAAGGCCUCCCACCAGAAGUCGAGACAGACCCUCGCGCAGUGGAUGAGCAUUGCCGGCAAGCUGCUAGAACAUUCCGCGCGUACACUCGUCAAUAGAAGCUCGCCUAGUUAUGGACAUCAUUUGUCUGUGGUGACUCACGACGCGCGCGCAGCCUCGCUGGGUCGCGGCGGCCUGCUGAACCUGUUCGCUGCGCAGGAGUUAAAGGCGCGGCAGGCGAUCUCUGAUGAUGAACUGGCUUUGGGAUUCACUGAGCAUACUGAUGGUCCAUUCUGCCCCCCACCACCGUCAUGUUCACCCCCGGGUCGCUACCGCAGUAUUGGCGGGGAGUGCAACAACCCCACGCACUCGACUUGGGGUGCUAUACACACUGGCUUUGAGAGACUGUUACCUCCAGAUUAUAGUGAUGGAACUUGGGCCAUGAGAACAGCUCAGUCCGGCCUCCCCCUCCCCAGUGCUAGACGAGUGAGCAGCACACUACUGUUGGACGGAAGCCACCCCAGCAGUACUCAUAACCUGAUGUUCAUGCAGUUCGGACAGUUCAUAGCUCAUGACAUCAGCGCUGGAGUCGUGUUUACUGCAGAUAACGGCAGUGCCAUAUCAUGCUGUGCCAACGAUGGCGAAGAUCUCCUACCUCCAGAACUACAGCACUUCGCCUGUGCUCCCAUAGAAGUGGCCCCAGACGACCCAUUCUACGGACAGUUUCAGCGCAGAUGUAUCAACUUCGUCAGGACUCAGAUAGCUCCGGCCGAUGAUUGCUCCGUGGGGUAUGCUAAGCAGAUGAACGGUGCAACUCACUACCCAGACCUAUCCCACUUAUACGGCAGUUCAGAGGAGAAGUUAGCAUCUCUUCGAGAGGCAGGAGGGCUGCUGAGGACUUUCAACGACUUUGGGAGGGAGCUCCCUCCUCUCACGGAGAGGAAGGAGUGCUUGUCUAUAAAGGAGGGGGCUGCUUGCUUUGAAUCAGGCGACGCCCAUGGGAACCAGAUCAUUUCCCUAACAGUUCUUCACACGAUAUUCACGAGGGAACACAACCGGGUUGCCAGAGAGUUGUCUGCUCUCAACCCUGGCUGGGAUGAGGAUACCGUCUUCUGGGAGACCAGGAGGAUAAUGCAGGCUGUGUUCCAGCAUAUCAUUUAUAAUGAGUGGCUGCCUUUGCUGUUGGGUCCUCAAAUAAUCAAGACGUUUCAACUGCUUCCGUCUGAAGUCUACUCCUCAUCAUAUGAUCCUCACGUCAAUCCUUCACUAUCGGCCGAGUUUUCAGCAGCUGCUAUGAGAUUCGGACAUUCUACUGUCGAUGGGAGAUUGAUGAUCCAAAGUCCCAAAAUGGGCGGGGUUUACGAGAGCAUAUCGAUUCCCGAAGUGAUGUUCCAGCCAGCGAGGAUGCGGCUGCGACACUUCAUGGACAGGCUGCUCAUCGGACUGUCUCACCAGGCCAUGCAGACGGUGGAUCCUUUUGUUACUGAAGGGCUAUCCCGCUACAUGUUCCACGGAGGCAAUCCUUACGGAGUAGACCUAGCUGCCAUCAACAUACAGCGCGGGAGAGACCACGGCCUCAACUCUUACAACCAGUACCGGCAGCUCGUAGGAUUGGAGCCUUAUACUGAGUUUCAGCAGUUUGCUCCUAGUGCAGCUCAACGCCUAUCCUCAGUUUACGAACGCCCAGAAGACAUAGACCUCUGGGUGGGAGGUCUUCUAGAAGAACCAGUAGACCAUGGUAUACUGGGGCCUACUUUCGCGAACAUUAUAGCAGACCAGUUCGAUAGACUGAAGAAGGGAGAUCGGUUCUUCUAUGAGCAUGAACCUGGUGUCAAUCCUGGGGCUUUUACAACGGUGCAACUGCUAGAAAUAAAGAAGGUGACUCUCUCUCGGCUGAUCUGUGACAAUCGCGACGGUAUAGAGUUGUCUUCGCAGUCGCCUGCUGCCUUCCUCAGACCUGAUGUACCUGGGAAUGAACCAGUGCCAUGUGAAAGUCCCAGGAUACUCUCUAUGGAUUUGAGCAAGUUUAAAGAAAAUUAAACUUUAUUUUACUAGUGAUAAAAUCUAUUUUAUUAAAUUUUAAUGUGCCAUGUUUUAUUUGUAAAAAAUGAACCCUUAUCUAAUUUUCAAAUUAUUGUUUAUAAUUAAGUUUUUAUUAAAAUGGCAUUAUUUCCGGUACGUUAUACUUAAAAAUAUAGUUAUUGUAUGAAUUUUUCUCACAUGUAAAAUAUUUUCACCACACGAGUAUUUCCAAAUUUAUUUUUUAGAGACAUACUUUAUUCGUAGUCACUUGAAAAAUUUAUUAAUAUUCAAUUAAUUCACAGUUUACCAUAUUGUCCUUCGUCGUGUCUAAUAUAAAACCUUAUAUGUAGUAAUUAAAGGUUUUCAAAGUCCUGAAAUAAUAUUAUUAUAUCUGUAGUAUCUUUUUGAUCAACAUGUAACACUUAAUAGUAAAUAUUAUGGUUCAUUUCUUAAACAAUAGUGGCUAAUUAGGUUUGUUUCCAAAUCGACAUUUUAUAUGACAAAUUGUUUUAAAACAAAACCGAUUGUUCACAACCUUUUUUUACAAAGUAUUUUUUUCUAUUUUCACAACAGGGUGUUUUAGUUUUGAAUUUAUUUUUUUGGAGCAAGUUGAAAUUCUGUGUCAUUUUCUUUUUUUUUUUGUAUUUUUUUAGUUUUUUUUUCUUUUUUUUUUGUUCUUCUUGCUUCAAUUCUAGUGUUCAAUAAGAUAAUAGUCAGUCUACAGCUAAGAACAAAUUGAUCUUAAUUGCGUCCAUCGAUUAAUCAAUUAGUAUUUCUGCACUGUACCACCAUUUUAUUGAUUUUUACAAUCAAUUGAUUUUGUUGCAAAAACGAUCUUUUUAAAAUUAAUUUUGCAUGCUUUUUAUUACUUUUUGUAGCAUAAUCAAGUAUUUUGUAAAUAUUUCUUUAUUUUUUUGUAAGUAUAGGUUCUAUAUUUUUGAUGAUUUUUUUUAUUUUUUAUAUCAUCUAGUUUUGAGUUCUAGCUUCUCAUUGGUGCCCGAACAGUGGGGAUCUAGAGCUGGUUGAGACAUCAGGAAUGUGGUAUCUAUACUUAAUGGUGAUCUAAGUGAUUAUGAUUGAGGAAGUGGUCCAGUGCAAAACAUUAAUGUCUUGUGGUAAAGAGGUUUUAUUACGCCAUCGAAGUAAUAACUUAGGGAAAGAAAUAUGUAGAUUGAUUUAUUAUUUUAUUUGGCACAGUUUUCUUUUUUAUUUUUAUUUUGUUCUGUAAUUUCUUUCUUAGCUUUUUUUUCUUGUGAUAUGGAAUUUCAACUUGUAGGUUGAGGAAAGUACCUGAUUGGGUGAUUUUUUCAGUAAAAAAUCUAUGAAUCGGGGGCCCAAUGCGUUUUGUUUUUGCGAAAAUAGAAAAAGUAAUACGUUAGUUAAGUUUUCUUCUUUCAAGUUCCUAAUUUAAUUCAGUAAUAACAAUGAAUAUUUUAACUAUGAAAGUUAUCUACCGGUAAUUUUAAUUGGGAAGACAGUGUCCAACUCUCUUCAACGGGCUUGUCGUACUUCUCAAAGUAUUAAGCAUUUUUUUUUUACUUUUUUAGAUUUAAGAAAAUACAUGUUAGAUAAGAGUUCACAUUCAAACAUAAAAAUAAAAUAACAAAAUUGUCAAAGAUGUAAUAUUACGCCACUGUAAAACUGUUUUAUUUUUGUUGAAUAAAUAACAUUUUAAUAAGUUAAUACUCUGAAAUAAAAUUUUAAAAUAUUUUAACAUUUCUGACUUUGAAGCAACUGGCAUAAAGUUGGUGAAGUGGUGGCAAUUCCAAAAAAAUAUUGUUAACUGUAAAAAGAAAAAUAAUGAAAUUGUAAAAUUGUCUUUUUAUUUUGUGUAUUUAAAUAAAAAAUGUAAAAUAAUUUUGUAUUUUUUUUUGUAAAAAAGUUGAUUUUGUAAAUGAAAAUAAUGUUGUUAAAAAAUUAAAAUUACUUAAUAAAAUUGCAUGUAAUUUGCAUCGUUGAUUUUUGUAAAUAAUCAAUUCAGCUGAUUUAUCAAUCAUACAAUCAUGUAAUUUUUUAUCGAAUUAAUGUAUUAAUUUUGUGUAAUAUUUCAUGAAUGUAAAAAAAUAUAAUAUAACUAUGCAGGAUGCCACAAAUAUUUCGUUAAUAUUUUUAACUGUAUUUCGCAAUAUUUUUAAAUGUUUUUGUAAAUAAAAUACAUAAUUUCUAGGUAUUAUAUUUUAUGUCAACCUGUAUAUGGAGCUCCGUUCAAAAUUAAUUGUGUCCUGUGAGUAAACGAAUACUUAUA